GGAGUGAGAAAAACAAACUGUUUGUAUUCCCUUUCCCUUUGGAUGUUUGUCUUCUUGGCCUCACCCUCACCACACCGACCAGACAGACACACACAGAUUCAUUCGCAACUCCGACGACAACAACAACAACAUUUCUUUCCUUCCAUUCCAACAUCAUCAUCAAUCGAUUCUCUCGGAUCCAUCUCCGUUAAUCAUUAGAUCCAGAUUCAUCUUCCGGCGGCGGUAUUCAUGAUCUUGUGGUGACGAUGGCGAGGAUGAUGCGAGGAGGAGGAGGAGGCGAAGAGACUGGAGACAAAGAAAGAGAUCCAAAGCAUUCUGGAUUGGUUCGUUUGGCACAAAUUGUCACAUUAUUGGUUGUUUUCGCCGCCGGUGUCGUUAUCGGUUUAACCACCACUUCUCAUAUUCACUACUUGAAUAACCAUAACAACUACCUUCAUUUCAUUUCUCAACAACCCUCUGGUGGUCACAACAACAACAACAACAACAACUCUAACUGUAAUUCUACUAUCAUUCAACAUCCUCCUCCUCCUCCACCCUUUUCAUAUGAUAUAGAUGAACCAGAUAUGUUUGAUUCGUUUCUUCAUCCUUCUACCAUCACCCAUACUUUCUCCGAUGACCAGCUUUUCUGGAAGGCUUCCUUGGUUCCCAAGAAAGACCAUUACCCUUAUGUUCGUCUUCCUAAACUUGCUUUCAUGUUCCUUACUAGAGGACCUUUGCCUAUGUUGCCUCUCUGGGAGAGAUUCUUUCAAGGUCACUACAAUCUCUUCAACAUUUAUAUCCAUGCUCCUCCUGGUUACGUUCUCAAUGUUUCUCAUUCUUCCCCUUUUUACCGACGCAACAUCCCAAGUCAGGCUGUUUCAUGGGGAACAGUUACGCUGGCGGAUGCGGAGAGGCGGCUUCUAGCGAAUGCACUUCUCGACUUUUCAAACGAGCGUUUUAUUCUCCUCUCGGAAAGUUGCAUACCUGUCUACAACUUCCCGACUGUUUAUAGAUAUCUAGUUGAUUCUGCACACAGCUUUGUUGAGUCGUAUGACGAUCCUUCCCGUUAUGGUCGGGGCCGCUACAACCGCAAUAUGCUUCCUGAUAUUCAGCUUAGACAUUGGCGCAAAGGCUCUCAAUGGGUUGAACUUCACCGUUCUCUAGCUGUUUAUAUCAUCUCUGAUAGCCAAUACUAUUCUCUCUUCCGUAGAUAUUGUAAACCGGCUUGCUACCCUGAUGAGCAUUACAUUCCGACCUUCCUCAACAUGUUCCAUGGUUCGCGUAAUUCAAACAGAACAGUCACAUGGGUCGACUGGUCAAUGCUUGGUCCUCAUCCGGCAACCUACGGGAGGGACAAUAUAACUGUCGGUUUUAUACAGUCUAUAAGGAAUAAUGGAUCGCUCUGUCGAUAUAAUUCAGAUAUGACUUCUAUUUGUUACCUCUUUGCUCGCAAGUUUGACCCUACUGCAUUGGAGCCCUUGCUUAACCUCUCUUCAGAAGUCAUGAACUUUUAAUUUGUUCUAUUAAUGGAUCGGAUGUAUGUACAAGAGGUCAGAUACUCAUUCUUUUAGUUUAGUCCCUAGAUUCGGUAGAGGAGGAUAUCAUAAGUUCGAUAAGAAAGAAAUCAUUUUGCAUUGGUAGAGGAUAUCAUAAGUUCGAAAUCAUUUUGCAUUGGUAGAUCUGUUGUACAGGUAUUGUUAGAGAAUUUUGGUUCUCUGCUUGAGAAUAUCAUUUUGUUGCGCAUUUUGUUCCUUCCAAGAAGGAAUCUAUCAAUACAGAAAUUUUACCUUAUCACCAAA